AUGGGCAGGCUCAUCUGGAAGUACCACGGCCUCAGAGUAGACCGGUAUGUUCCUAAGUUGGAAACGCGUCAGCAGUCUAUAAAUGCUCUAUAUGUCCACGGAAUGUACCUCCUUACGCGCAGCAGCCGUCGGGGUAGAGAGGGCGCGGCGUGCGGGCCGAAGAUAAGCGGCUUAGCUCCGCACCCGAUAGAGAAAGCGCUAUCACGCGAAGCCCCGAACAAGAAAGGGAAAGAGAUACAUCUCUAUAUACAGCUGCCAAUGCUACUGCGAUUGUCCCGCUAUCGCCCGGACGUUUGGCCACCGCGCGCGUCCCCGCCGACGUCGCUGGACAUCCGAUACGAGGACUGUCUCGUUCCUAUGUCACGUUCCUAUGUCGGAUGUGAUGCCCUUCGAGGCAAACUGAUUUUAGGUGACGAGCCUGUCACCAUACCCAGGAAACAGCGGGCGCUG